AUGUUGGUGUUUCAUUUGUCAGUGAUGAUCAAGCUUUUCUUCCAGUUGGAUGCAUCUGUUUGUCCUGAGAAGUGUGACUGCUCUUCAAAAAAUGCAAUUCAUUGCUCUGGUCCCCACAUAAAAGACCUGGAAUCAUUAAAUCUGCCCUGCAACAUGACAGAAAUUCACAUAACGGACACUAAUGUAACACACUUGCAGGAUGUUUUUUCUAGGAUGGUGGAACUGCAGCAUCUCAUCUUGUCUUCGAACAACAUCUCUCUGAUCUCACCAAUGGCUUUUAAAGGCUUGAGAAGGUUAAAAGCCCUCAAACUGCUAGAUAAUAAGCUGGUUGAACUUCCCCCAGAAGUUUUUGAUGACAUGGUAGAGCUUCAAAAAUUGAUCAUUGAAAAUAACAGGUUGAAAUCUAUUGAAGAAAAUCUCUUUGACAAACUAGCUAGUUUGGAGGAUCUUUUCUUGAACAAAAACAGACUGACAGCACUUCCUAGUGGUCUCCUGAAGAAACUUGCCAAACUCAAAGUACUGAACUUAUCGAGAAACUACUUGGCAACACUGCCUAGAAAUAUAUUUAGUGCAUUAACCAGGCUUGAGAAGCUGAUGCUGUAUUUUAACAGGCUCUCUUCAAUAGAAUCUGGUAUGUUUGAUAGCCUGAAGGAGCUUCUGGAGCUCUUCCUGCAUUGCAAUAACAUCCAAUCCAUUGCCCCUGAUGCAUUUCAUUGUCUUCAUAAAUUGAGAAGCUUAACGCUCUCCAGAAACAAGCUUGAGGCUUUGCCUCCUGGACUCUUUCUACACUUGCAUGACCUGUCUAAAUUGACCUUGUACAAGAACCCACUGAAGUCUCUUCCAGAAGUAUUGUUUGGAGAAAUGAGGCAUCUUGGUAGCCUGUGGCUGUAUCACACAAAGCUCUCAACAAUACCAGAUUUUGUGUUCAGCAACUUGACAAAUUUAGAGCUUCUUGUGCUGAGUUUUAAUCCAGAGCUUAGUGUUCUUCCUAAGAAUGUGUUCAAUGGUCUGACUGAACUGAGAGGCCUUUCUCUGCAUACAAAUAACAUUUCCAGUUUGCCAGAGGGCAUCUUCCUGAGCCUUCAGAAACUGCAGAACAUUUCUCUUUUUGAUAAGAGGCUUGAAGUUCUUCCCAGAAACCUCCUUCAUAAUCUCAAGCAACUUCAGAAAGUUUACCUGAAUAGUACUAAGCUCCAGUCUCUUCCUGGAGACUUCUUUACCGCCUUACCUGAGCUGCAAGAAGUCUUCCUUGACAACAACCCUUGGAGAUGCGAUUGCCAAAUUCUUGGCUUCCAAGAGUGGCUCCAAAAGAGCACGGAGAUAGUUAAAAAUGUACCCUCUCUAACAUGUCACAGCCCACUCGCACUACAGAAUAUUUCUCUUGUGGCUCUAACAGUGGAUCACCUGAAGUGCCUGCCAACCACAGCUGUUACGUACCAGACGUUCAGCUCAGCUUCUUCCCAGGCUUCGACUUCUCUUGUGAUGGUGCCCUUCACAUCAUCUUGGGAGUCUACUGUAACAGCAGUGUCCGACGUGGCUACCAGCACACCCACAUCGAUUCCUCUUACAACUCCAGGUUUUACCUACUCGCACGUUGAAGGUUUUGGACAGCACAGGUUUCAUUUUCCAGAUGUUCCAAACCAAAUUUCUCCCAGCAUCGCAGUACAAACUAGCAGUGUCAGAGGAACAGCUAUAACUACUCUUGCCUGGUGGGAUGAGUUGCCAGCCCACAGGAGUGCUAAACCCUAUUUUAAUACCAGAAUUGCUUAUUGUCAGCUAUUCUUGUGCCUUCACAGUUUGAUUUUGGCACUCCAGACUGUAACCAUUGUGCUUAGUCUGUAUGUGAUGGGUAAAACCAGGCAGCUCUUGCAGUCCAGAACUAAUGCUGCUCAGCCUGUAGUUCUGAUAAAAUUUUUAAGAAGAUAG